AUGUCAAUCAUCAUUCCACUCCGGUAUAAGCUCUACAACCAAUGCUUCCACACUGCCAUAGCGCUCACCAUCGGCGAUGAACCUUAUGAGUUACAAGGGGACACAAUCUACCCCAACUUCCCCACAUUGUUCGCAGACAAGAGAUUUGACAACAUGGUGACCGAAGUCGGCGCCACUGCUGGCUUUGAAGAAAUUCCGACUCUAUGCACCCGCUGCUCUGAGUAUGAGAAAAUGAAAAAAGACGAUGCAGGGAAGAAACGUUUUAGUGUUGAGAAGGGCAUUGAGGUGUUGGCCGACAUUAUCGAUAGUAUCGAUAAAAAAAAGGGAUCUCUCGGAGAGUUUAUCCACAAGCUACGGCAUUGA